CAGAGCUCCAGUGUGAGCGAGCUCCAGUUCCAGCUGGCCUCCCCACUGUUCUGCUCUUAUGGCGGACUCUCCUCUUAACAACUCCUGGCCGUCCUUCUCCAAACUCUGGAUGAAGAGAUGGUCCUUCAAGAGAGCAUCAGAGUGCAAGCCAUGUAGUCCACCCUGCGGGCCCCCCAGUGCCCAGCUCAGUGCCCAGCCUCAUACUCCCAGCGGGACUGGAUCCUCCUCCUCACUAUCCCCCGCCUCCAUCGCUGAGGAUGUCUUCUUUGGUAGCACCAAUAAAGAUCAGGAUGCGUGUUCAGUAGUCAGUGACUACGACUGCCCUGGCUGUGUGGAGCUGAGCAGCAGUGUGGAGGACCUGCUGGCCCUCAGCUCUCUCAGAGACUCUGAGUAUUUUAAAGACCUGGAGGGAGGGACACCCGUUUCACAGCCCCCUGCAUCCACAGUAACCACAGUCCCAGAGAGCAAAACCCUGACUGCCGGCCUACAGGUGUCCCUAAACACAGACAGUCCUGCCAUCAGUGAGCCUGUACAGACUGCUUUGAGCACACACUCGCCUCAGGUCAAUGCACCAUCUUCCCCCUACUAUAAACACCCCACAGAGGAACUUCAUCAAAACUUUGUGGUCACUCAGCUGAGUCCGAAGUUAUUGCCGGGUUGUAUCAUUGAAAGCGGUGACUCGUCUGGCCCUGCAGUAGGGCUUAGCUUGACAAUUAAUCUGAAUGGACUGUUAGGAUCAAUGGAAACAGCAAAAGGAAUAACGGGAUCUGAGGAAGUGGAGGAGCAACCCAGUAUGGAUUUAGAUGGAGAGACAGACCUGGACAGCUUUCCUAUUCUGGUCAGAUCCAUGUCAACAUCUCGGAGGCACAGCUGGGGCGUCCCUGUGUCCCCUGUUAACCUGGGGAGGAGACUGAGUCUGGACACCACGGCCAUGGACAGCGAUGGAGAGAGAGAGGAUGAUGAGGAGGAGGGACAGAAAAGUCUUCUCCAGUCCACCCAGGAGCAGGAGUUCAGCUGCACAGCAUGUCCUGGAGAGGAGACAGAUAGCUCCAGGCUGAUGGUCCCAUGUCAAAGAGCCAGGGUCACUAGCAUGUUCUCUCAGGCUGGUGGUGUUCAUGGAAGGCAUCUGUACUCCCGCUCAGAGAUCCUCGCCACAGACGAAUGUUCCCGUGCUGCACACAUCUCUCGUGUUGUGCAGACAUCAAAACAGGCCGCAAGGGCAGCAGGAGCAGAGGAGUUCGACCCUGAAGAAAAUUUACAUUCUACUGAAGGACAUAUAGCGAAGCAGAGGAACAACAGAUCAGACAGCAAAGUUUCAGGAAAUGUCACUUGGUACGAGUUCCUCUCUAAUGAGAAUGAAGAAGAGGAGGAUCGUAUGGAGAAGGUGGAGAAAGGCACCAAGGUGAAGAGGACUCUCAGCUCUCUAAGGAACAGGGUGACUGGCUCCUUCAAUAAAGACAAGGGUAAGAACCGAGAAAAAGAGCAGCAGAAAGAGAGGGGGAAGGAGAAGGAGCGGGAAGCCAAAGAGAAAGAGAAAGUGUGCAGUGGCAGCAGCAGGAGCAACGGGCAUUAUCUGGUGCCGGGUGCUUUCUCCAGCUGUGCCACCUGCUCACUGUGCAGCAAGACCCUGCAGAGAAAGCAUGGCCUGCAGUGCAUGAAUUGUGCUGUGAACGUUCACAAGAGCUGCAAGUCUCUGCUGGGUGAGUGCACCAGCAGCAGGAAUAAGAGAGAUUCUCUACCGAGGACUGGCCCAUCCGGAUCUCCUAACCUUGCGCUAAAAGACCGGGACAGAGAGAGGGAGCACUCAGGCCCAGCCUCAUCACAGGCCCUGGAUGGCCACCCAGGUUUUCUCAGCACCCCAGGCAUGACCAUUAGUACGUGGGGACCUAGCACUCAUUCGACUGCCGCCCAUACUACCAGCUUCACCACAGCCUAUAGCCUUGGCCACAGCCUCCGUCACGACAACAGCUCAGGAUCCCUCCCUGGGGAGAUGGAUGAGACGGACGCUCUCCGCUCCAAACGCUGCAACGAAGACGCCAUUUCUCUCGCUCCCUCCACCGCCGAGUCCAUCAUCGUUGAAGAUGCUCACUAUACAGCAGUGCGGGCUGACCUGGAGUCUGAUGCCCAGGACCUGGAGGCAGAGUCAUGGAGUUUGGCAGUUGAGCAGCAGUAUGUUAAGAAGCACUCUAAAGAAAUGGUGAAGAGACAGGAUGUUAUAUACGAGCUGAUGCAGACGGAGAUGCACCAUGUGCGGACGCUGAAGACAAUGCUGCGUGUGUACGUCCGGGAGUUGAAGGAGAACCUCCAGAUGGAUUCGGGCAGGCUGGACUGUCUGUUUCCCCGGUUGGAAAACCUCCUUGAGCUUCACACACAUUUCCUGUCUCGCCUCAAAGAGCGGCAGCGAGAAAGCCUGGUCUCCCCCAACGACAGGAACUACACUAUCAACAGAGUAGCAGACAUCCUGAUCGCACAGUUCUCAGGUGAAAUAGGAGAGAGGAUGAAGGACAGCUAUGGAGAUUUCUGCAGUCACCACACUGAAGCCGUCAGCUACUACAAAGAACAGCUACAAAAUAACAAAAAGUUCCAAAACAUCAUACGGAAAAUCAACAACUUGUCUAUUGUGCGGAGGUUAGGAGUGACCGAGUGUAUUCUGUUGGUGACGCAGCGCAUUACCAAGUACCCAGUGCUAGUGGAGCGCAUUCUGCACAACACUGAAGCUGGUACAGAGGAGCACGAGGAUCUGACUCGGGCGCUUGGUUUGAUUAAAGACACCAUAGUGCAGGUUGACACGCUGGUUAAUCUCCACGAGAAGAACUCGCGACUGCGAGACAUACACAACAAGAUGGAGCCAAAGGCACUGGGGAAAAUCAAAGAUGGUCGAGUUUUUCGCAGGGAGGACCUUGCGCAGGGCAGGAGACGGCUCCUGCAUGAGGGCACAGUCAACUGGAAGGCUGCUUCUGGCAGGCUCAAAGAUAUUCUUGCAGUGCUCCUGUCAGAUGUGUUACUCUUGCUACAAGAGAAGGAUCAGAGAUAUGUAUUUGCUACAGUGGAUAACAAGCCGUCAGUGAUCUCCCUUCAGAAGCUGAUUGUCAGGGAAGUGGCCCAUGAGGAGAAAGCCAUGUUUCUUAUCUGCGCCUCCUCCAAUGAGCCAGAGAUGUAUGAGAUCCACACCACCUCCAAGGAGGAGCGAAAUACUUGGAUGGCUCAAAUACGGCAAGCUGUUGAGAGUUGUCCUCAUACAGAAGAAAGGCUGUUCAGUGAGGAGGAAGAGGCACGAGCUUUCAGGUUUAAAGAAUUUCAAGAGCGGCUUAGCCAGAAGGAUGCAGUGGUCGUCCAGGCUCUAACUGAUAAGCUGCAGCUCUUUGCGGACAUGGCAGAGUCUGUGGCAGGUCUGGAGGACACAGCUUCUCGUUCCAGACUUCUGCUUCGAGGAGACGCCUCAGACCUCCAGCAGGGGGAGGCUCUGCUCAAAGGAGCUAUCACUGAGGUGGAGAACCUUCAGAACCUGCUGCAGUCCGGAGUGAGGGAGGAGGCGCCAACCUCCCGGCUGGAGGACGGGGGCGGCUCAGGGGUUCUGCCCAGAAGAGCGGAUACCUUUGGGGGCUAUGACAGCAGCCCCACCAUCCUGAGUAAGAAUGGCAGUGUGAAGAAGAACUUUUCUGGCGAGUCUAGAAACAGAGACAGAAGCCAGAGAGCCAGUUCUGACCCUCAGCUCAAAGACCUCUGUGGCAGCCACACCCUGGAGCAGACGGUUGAUGAGAGCUGCUGCUCUCCUGCCAGAUGGAACCGCAUCUGGUCCAACUCCUUCCCUGAGGCUGAGUUCUUUGACAGAGUGCUGAUGCUCUCCCAAAGGCUCUAUAGUCUGCAGGCUAUCAUAUCACAACAGGACAGUCACAUCGAGCUGCAGCGAGCCUCGUUGACGGAGCGGGCCUCCCUGCCCGGCCGCCACAGAGGGAAUGUGCUCCUGGAGCAGGAGAAACAGCGGACUCUGGCCCUGCAGAGAGAAGAGCUGGCCAGCUUCCAGAAGCUGCAGUCUCAGCAUCGGCAGGAGCAGCAACGCUGGGAGAGGGAGAGGGAGAGGCACCGGCACCAGGUCGAGGCCACUGAAGCCCGGCUCCGACAAAGGGAAGAGGAGUGCAGACGGCUAGAGGAGCAAUUGUCAGAAGAGCGGAGGGAGCUGGAGAGUCAGAGGGAGACAUACCAGCAGGACCUGGAGAGGCUGAGAGAGUCCACCAGAGCUGUGGAGAAAGAAAAGGAACGCCUGGAGCACCAGAAGAAGAUCAAGAGGAAGACUAUUGAGGUGGCUCCUCUGGCCGGCAGUCUGAACGGAGAUCUCCUCCUGUCCUCUGGCCUUAACACCUCCACCAGUGUCUCCGACCUGCCGCUGCCUCAGAAGCCCCUUGUGCGUGCCAGCCUGUCUGUUGCACCAGCUGACUAUCCAGAGCGCCCUGAAGUGAUGUUGCGACGGGACGUGAGCUCUUCCACCCUGCCACUGAAGACAGAGGUGCCCCUGCAUCUCUUUAGCACCACCAACCAGCAACACAAACUGGUGGGGGUGCAGCAGCAGAUCCCCACCAAGCUGGCCGCCUUCAGCAGCGGCAAAGGGAAAGGAGGCAAGAUUGGUAAAGCCUCACAUCGCACUGACAGCACCGCCUCUGUGGAUAUGAAGCAGAUGCUGCCGCUGAAGCUGUCCGCCCGAGACGACAACGCCCUCAAGGCCAAGCGCUCCAUCAGCCCCCACCAGCAGCUCCCGCUGUCAGCCCCUCCUCAGCCUCACUCCCUGCAUCACCACGCAGAUCAACUCAGUCCUCCAGAGAUCGCGGGGGCAGACACCCAGUCCACCUCCUCCUCCAUCAACACCUCGCACCUUCCAAAUGUGCAGAAGCCCCCCAUGCCUCCUUCACAGUCCCAUCCUCAGCCCUCCAUGCAGCCUCCCACCAUCCCUCCCCACUCACAGAGCACCGGCUCCCUCCAGCUCCAGUCCCAUCUGCAGCCGCAGGGCCUCAGUCCAAACGCCCACACACAUGUCCAGGUAAAUGUUCACGGGCUCACUCACAGCCACAGCAUGCCGCCACCUUACAAGAUUGCCACAGAGGACCUCAAUAAGGAGGACGUAAUCUUCUUCUAAACUCUGAAAUCCAGUGCUGAGCACAAAAACAAAUAAAUUACGGGACUGUUGCAAGUCAACAAUGUGUCAACCUCCAAGGAGCCACUUAAAUGCGAUAAUGUGAUGUUCACGGUGUGUUAAGUGAGGGCAGGUGUUGUGUUAGUAACAAGGUAAAAUGGUUUUAAUAUCUUUACAAAGCAGCAAUCCACAGCAGAGACUGCGUCAGCACUUCUGUGGUCUGUGCAGAAAGACAAAUAACAUUGAAGAAAAGAUGACAUUUUAACACCGCUUCUCCAUCUAUGUUUUUAAGAUGCCACAAUUUCUUACUAUUUAAUUCUUUAAUUCUUAACUCAAGAGGACAACAAGUAUGAGGAGGAAACCUUUGGCAAAACAAAGACUUGUUGUAAUGUGUUCGAAAAGGUUUAAAUGAAGUUAAAACAAUCCAAAGACAGCUACGAGAGCUAAAGGGGAUGUGAAUGAAAGAAACAAUGCGAAAGAAAAACGGUUGAAUAAUUUGCAGGAGAGACUGGACAGGCUGGUUAGUGAGGCAUAAAAAGUAAAAGGUACAGCGAUGGUGCUUUGGCCUUAAACGUCUGCAUCUACGGGACCUGGAUUCACAAGAAAUGACUCAGCAGGAAGUCAGAAAUGAUCUAACUCUUGAUACAGGAACACUUUCUGCUCGAUGUUUUGUUUGCACAGUAUAAAUAGUCCAUUCCAGACUAAUGAAUGAACUUUUAUGGACUAAAUGUUUUUGUUUGGUUGUACAGGUGUCAAAGUUGUGAAGGUUCAUUUGAUUUUGUUCUUUUUAACCAUGCAUAUUUCAGAAGGCUAAACUCUGUAGAAUACAUUUCUAGUGUUGCCACCGGUUGUCAAACCGGAAAUUGUUUUUUCAGUCAGUUGUGUAAUUCAUUUCAAUUAAAGCAGAGAGCAGCUUGUGGCAAAUUCUACAGUUUGUACAACUCAUGCAGAGUGAGACAAACUCAGGGAAGUCUUUAAAAUGUCUGUACGGUUUGAGGCUGUGUUUGGUCUUUUCUUGCAUUUUUCUCAAAAACACACAGGUUGUACUGUGCAGUCAUGCUUGCACUAAUAAUAUUUCUAAACACUGUUUCACAAGUACAUACAGUUUCAUUUUUGCAAUUUAGAAAGUGGGUCAGCUGAUUGAUAAAAAUCACUUCUUUACUACAGAAAUUUGCGACAGAGAAAAUAUGCAUUAAAACAUUUACCUUCAACAAAUUGACCCUCAACCUUUAAAAGUUUAAAGGUACCGUAUAUUUCCAAAACUAUUAGCCGAGCAGACAUCCAGAUAAUGAGCUAAACUUUGCAGCACACUGUACCCUGUAGACAUAAAAAAGGCCUCACUGAGUUUGUUUCAUUUCACAAAAACGAUCCCUUGAAGAGACACAUCUUUGAAACACAUCUGUUGCUAUUUAAGUGGAUUUACAGUGCACUGUAUAAUUCAUGACAUUUCAUGCUGCAUGUUGUUUUAAGGGCAAAAUUAACUCAAAAAAGAAAACAUUCAGGGGUAUAUACUUUUAAGAGAGCAAACAUAAUCACAUAUUUGACAGAGUUAAUGUGCACUGAAAAUAUUAAAUUCCAUCUUCAUACUAAAAGGAAAUCUAACUUAAUGAUGCUGCACUAGUAAAUACAGUAGAAUAAAGCCACUGUGUGCUAUUCCCAAACGUGAACUAAGAUUUUACAGAUAAUUCAGAUCAAGAAGGCAAAUAUCCACACUGGGGCACAGUGUUAACACUGUUUUAUAUCUCUAUCUCUGUUAUUUUAAAGUGCACAUUUUUCUUGCUUAACCACUCAUACACAGUUUACACAUGUGCUGAGUCUUCUGGAGAUUCAGCAAUUUAAAGUUGAUGGUUUCAGGUCUAAUUUUUCACUCAAGUCAGGAAAUGAAAAGUUCAUGAGAUCGACAAAUCACGUUUCUGAAAGCUCGUGUCUCCUCACUUUGCUGACAUUGCAAUUUUUUAAUCUGUCAGGAUGGGAUCGUUUCAGCAGAGCCGGUAUAUCUUUGAGACAUGUAUUCAGAUGUCAGUUUUAAUUGAGACCCUGAGGUCUCAUUGACAGUGUGUUGUAUUGAUUUGCUGAUGACAUUUCAUUAGCUGGGUCUUAAAUCUCUGGGCCUGACAGAGAGGCGGCACUGUGACGGCGGCAGUGGUCCCUCAGCAAAAAAUGACGAUCAGCUGUUGUCUAAAAUUUCAAUCUUUUUCUGUCUUCAUAGAAGAAAUAUGGCGAUGUCCAUCUGAUUUUCUUUCUCUGUAUAUACAUGAGAACCCUUUAAAUCAUGUAGGAGAUGACACAUGAAUGAAAAAUGGAGGGAAGAUUUUUGUCUCUGUUAAAGUAAGCUUGUCUCUGAAGCUGUGAUCGCUAGCCGGAGUCUUUGUGUAUAUUAUGUAUAUUGUUGUACAUACUCUGUCUUCUGCACCGGCCACCCUCUUACACAUUCUUGUAUUAGGAACAGAGAUAUUUGACGUGCAUCAAGAUGCAAAAGUCAGCCAAAAGUCUGUUUGUGCAUAUGUGUAUAUACACUUAAAAUACACACGUGGCUGUGUAUGUGCAAAACGGUAGCCUUGCUUGGGUAGACUUGUGGCAGUUAAAUGAAACCACAAUCAGUCUUUGCUGUUGUUUUUGAAUGAACUGAAAAUGAAGGUGUGCAUAUUUAAUCUCCUGAUGUGUGUUGAUGUUGUAGCAUUGAAGCCGUGGUGCACUGUCUGUCGUCGCUCUCCUGAAAUUCAUGAGUGAUGUUUCACCAAGAUUAUGUAGCAGUCGUGAAAAUUAAAACAUCAGCUUGUUUCAGUUGGUUAAACCAAAGACACAUUUGGCUGACUGAGUUCCUGUCCGUGCUCUUGUAUUAUGGAUAAGUGACACUGCUCUGGUUGUGUGGUCGUCCACAAAGUCUUAUUACUCGUGAAAACAUCUUCCAGGGAGUGUCCAUCACAUGUGUGUUUACAGCACAUUGUAGCUCAUAUCCGGCUACAGGUCUAAUUUUUGGUUUGCUGUUUGUUUUCUUUCCAUUCUCGCAUCAUGAUCACAUUUAUCUCUUUAUACACAGAGACACACUUUGAAACCAGAGCAUACACAAACAGUAAAUCAAAUAGGGUGUUGACGUGCCCCGGUUUUCUGGUUUACAGUGGCACAACCCAACUCAGGAUAUGAGCUCAUCUGAUACAUUUAUGUGCACCGUCUCUUAAACACAACUACUAUGAAAUAUCUAUGUAUGUGCAUGUGCACACACUUGGUGAACAGACUCAGUUCUGCAUCCAAGCUUUUUUCCCCACAGCUUUCAACCAUAUCAUAUGGUCUUCAUCAGAUUAUUUAAAGGGAUACUUUGCCGAUUUCAAGCACCAACUUCAAAACUAUUUGAAUGUUUCUACUUACCAGACAGGCCAGUUUUACUAAAAUACCAUUUUUCCUGCAAUAAAAUACUUCAUUAAAGGCCCUUACAGACUAGAGGUCCUAAAAAUGCGGCUGAUAAAAUCAUGACAGCUGUUGAUCUCCUGCAUCAUGACAAGUGAGCAAACUCCAUUUGCUAAUGAAGACCAUGUGAUACGGUUGAAAGCUUUGGAAAAAGUGGAGCUCGAGUUGGGAUUAUUUUGUCAAACCGCUAUUUCCAAAGUUAAGACCAAUCUCUCAUGCUUAACUUUUCAAGACAUUCCCACAUCUGUCCAUUUUCUUGUGAAGUGUCUCCUUUAUUUCUGAAUGAGAGAUGCUGGGCAGCAAGAAAAUUGGUGUAAGAGCACUUUAGUUUUGCUCCAGGUACGAGACUUUUAGUGAACCUCAACUGAAGAGGUGGAUGGUGUCUUGUUGGUGCCGCUGUUAAGAUCAGCUCAAGUCUUAAAUGUUCUUUUCCUGUACUGAAAUGCUGUUUGCUCUGUUUGAAAAUUUGGAAGCCAGUCAGUCACAUCACUGUGUGUUUCUGUGUGUGUGUGUGUGUGUGUGUGCGUGUGUGCGUGUGUGCGUGUGUGUGUGUGUGUGUACGCUCACCACCAAAAACACAGCGGAAACGUUUCUAACUAACUUUUUUCCAGUGGUGUUUUUUUUUUUUUAAAAUGCAUACACUCAUAAGCGACCUGUAAUGUGUAAAUAACCAAGAACAUAUUUCAUUCCCUCUGCCAAUUUUACACUAGUCACUUUGGAUAGUAGCAUACUUGAAGGGGAAAAUGAAUGUUUAUAAUGCUUAUUAUUAUUGUGAACUUUUAUUUACCAAGAGCUGUCUAAUGACAUUUGUAGCACACAGCAAAACUGAUUUUUGUACCAUUUUAUUUUAUUCACUGCAAGAUGUUAGGACAACCUGUGGACACAAACUGCUGCCUUAGAGAGAGUUUAGUAAUAAAAAAAGUCUUGAAAUAA